GCGGAGCAGCAGAGCGGCAGUUAGGAGCCGAUACAAUGUUGCAGUCUCCCGGGAAACGGCCCUGCCUCCUCGUGAUUGGCUACCCGAAAGAAAUCAAAAGUGCACAGGCAAAGAAAGCCCACAGACACAAAAUAAUAAGAGAAAACCCAGAGGCCUUGACGGCAGAUAUAAGCCACACAGGAGGAUCCAGUAAUCUCCUCCUGUACACAGACAACACUGAAGCAUGGCAUAGAGCUAUCUGUACCCACUAUGACCACCACAGGAAGAGGGGCAUCUGCAGUGGGAGACAGAUAGUCAUCGAAGACAUAGACAAAGACAGCCCACCUCUCACUGUCAACAUCUAUCACAAUGGGACCAUCAUGUUCCAAGGCAAUGAGGCCAGUCUCAGCUCUGUCCAAGAUGACUUUAACACCAUCAAAGCUCUGGCAGAGACGGAGAAACAGAGACAGGAGAAGACCAGCAGUGAGGAGAAGAGCACCACCAACCCCACAGCGCAGCCACCAGGUGAACAGCUGGAAGAGGAUCAGCUGUUAGGAGACCAUUCAGGGCACAGCAGUCAGCUAGAGACCAGAGUGUCCCAGAUGAGAGACAAUCUGUCUCUGCAAGAGGUAGAGCUGGUGGAACUGAAGGAGCUACUUCUGUCGAAUCAGACAUCAGCUGAAUCCACACAGCAGCUACGGGACCAGCUCAGCCAGGUGAGGAAUGAGCUGAAGGCCUCCAUACAGGAGCUAAGAGGAGAGGUCUAGGAGCUACAGCAAGACAGACAGGCCCUGAAGACCGAGCUCACUGCUGUGAGACAGGAGCUACAGCAGGACAGACAGGCCCUGAAGACCGAGCUCACUGCUGUGAGACAGGAGCUACAGCAGGACAGACAGGCCCUAAAGACCGAGCUCACUGCUGUGAGACAGGAGCUGAACCUGAGGGAGAAAACCAUCCUCAGCCUCAAGGAGCAGCUCCACAGUCUGAGAGCCUGCCAACACCAACCACAACCCUCCAUCACCAUCAACAGCCCCCACAACCUGAACCACAGCC